ACAGAGGAGAACGCCCCCGCGAAAAGUUCCGUUCUACAAAACCGCACUCUGUUUCAAACCCUUUCUCCACUUGCUUUCCACAGUCUCCGCUUCCGCCCCACCGAAGCUAGGGUUUCCGGUCGGAAUCGCCGCGAGAAUGCCGGCCAGCGCCGCCGAGGCCGCCGCGGAAGGCGAGGAGAAGGCGGCAGAGGCUGGGGGCAGGGAGCUGCUGUACUGCGGCACGGUGCGCUUCGACAUCAUGGGCCGGAAGGUGAAGGGAGGGCAUGAGGGCAGAGGCAACCUGGUGUCCCCGACGCGGCUGCGCCCUCUCGUGGGCGUGGACAUCCGCUUCGUCGCCUCUGGCUGCGCGGCUUGCCAUUGUGUUGCUCUGAGUGCUGACGGCCGUUGCUUCUCAUGGGGUCGAAAUGAGAAUGGGCAGCUGGGACAUGGGGACACUCUCUUGCGUAACCUGCCAAGUGUUGUUUCUGAACUAUCAAAAUAUAACAUAAUUGCAGCAGGUGUUGGAAGAAAACAUACAGUGGUCGUAACCGACGAAGGGAAGUCCUUCGCAUUUGGUGACAACAAACAUGGACAACUGGGGACCGGUUCACUGAAGAGUGGAACUGUGGUGUCGCCAGUCCCCUGCCUUGUUACUGAAGUGACUAAUGCUGUUUGUGGUGCUGACUUUACUGUCUGGCUGUCAUCAGUCGAGGGCUCUUCAAUACUGACAGCAGGUCUUCCGCAGUACGGCCAACUUGGUCAUGGAAGCAACAAUGAGUAUAAUGCCAAAGUUUCAUCGGUAAGUGUAGUGUAUGAUCCCCAGCCCCAUCCGAGAGCAAUAGCUGCAUUAUCUGGGAACACUGUUGUCAAAGUUGCAUGUGGAACAAAUCAUACAGUUGCAGCUGAUUCAAGUGGCUUUGUUUACACCUGGGGUUUUGGUGGAUAUGGAAGGUUGGGCCACAAUGAACAGAAGGAUGAGUGGCAACCACGCCUUGUUGAAAUAUUUCAAAAGAACAAUAUCCUGGGUCCCAAUGAUAUUAUCUCAGCUGGUUCUGCAAGUUCUGCCUGCACUGCUGGUGAUCGCGGGCAGCUGUAUAUGUGGGGAAAGGUGAAGAGUAAAGGCGAUGAGUGGAUGUAUCCAAAGCCAGUCAUGGAUUUAAGCGGUUGGAACAUCCGCUGCAUGGCUUCUGGUAACAUGCACCACACUGUUGGUGCAGAUGAUUCUUGCAUAAGUUGGGGUCAUUCUGAAUAUGGGGAGCUUGGUUAUGGCCUAACACAAAAAUCAUCUGCAAAUCCUAAGAAGGUUGACAUUCUUGAAGGAAUGCAUGUUACAAGUGUUGGUUGUGGAGUUGGGAUGUCUCUGAUUGUUGUUGACAGGGCAAGUGUUGGUGGUAAGCUUGAGCAGCUGGAUACUUUUGAUGGUGAUGCUGAUGCACUUUUUCAAGAGAACACAAAAGAGCUCUAUUUUCCUCCGCGCCGCAAACAUCCCGCAGUCGAUGAAACAGAAGAAGAGACAUCAGAGGCGGAGCAGGUCACCAAGGCGGCAUCUCACACCAAGAAUUCACGGCCCAACAAGCGCAAGAAAGCCUUGGAACAUGCAGAACCAGAAGAGGAGGCAGAGUGUGGCAGUCAUGGCCGCGGGCAGUCUACCAGAAGGGGCAGAGGCAGGGGAGCCAAGACGGCGACUCCGGAGCCAAUGCGCAGAGGCAGAGGCCGCCCCAAGAAGGGGAGCCCUGGCGCUGCUCCUUCGGAAGCCGGAAGCUCGGGACGAGGUGGAAAGAAGAGUGGGAAGCGAGGGAGGCCUCGCAAGUGAUCGGCCGGAUGAACCUCGGGCUCGCCAACGUUUUUUGGUCAGACUAGAUGGCAACGAGAGUGGUUGCUAGUCGUUGGCGGAGUACUACGUGCCGUGGAGCCUGGUUAUCCCAGUAUCCUGUAAUAUGGUUUUGAACUACUAAUCUGAUGACGAUGACAACGGCUAGGCGGCUAGCUAUUGACACUGUAGGCAUUUAACGACUGAUUACCUAUGAAGGAAUCAACGAGUCAUCAUGCAUGAUUUUUUUGGGAGAA